AUGUCAGAGGAAGAUCAGGGUACCAAAAUGGGUUCGAGGCGCUGUUCUUUUCAGCCAGUUACCCAUUGCAUUUUCGAGUUGGAUGGCCUGCUGAUCGAUAGCGAAAGGUUGAGAACUGAAUCCGUUCAGAAGAUUCUCGAUCCCUAUGGUCACACCUAUAGCUUUGAUCUCAAGAUGCGUUGCAUGGGCAAGCCGAACUCCGAACAGGCCGCCCUCAUUGUGAACACCUUCAACCUGCCCUUUAGUUUAAGCGAGUUUGAAACCCAGCAGGAACUUCAGUGGCGCAGCAAAUUGGGUUUCAUUCGUUUGAUGCCCGGGGUGGAGCGUCUCUUGAAUCAUCUUAAUGAGUUUAACAUACCAAUGGCCAUUGGAAGUGGCAGCUGUCGGGAUUCGUUUAGGAUAAAGACACGUCGCCAUUCCAGGCUCUUCGAUGUUUUCCAUCACGUGGUCUUGAGUGGCUCGGACGAAGAGGUCAAGAGGGGAAAGCCGGCUCCAGAUAUUUUCCUCACCACAGCCUCGCGAUUCGGGGACUCCCCGGAGCCCAGUAAAUGCCUGGUCUUCGAGUCUUCCCUGGUGGGAAUGGAGGCUGCUCUGGCCGCCGGAAUGCAAGUGGUUCUCGUUCCUGAUCCUCUGGUCUCCAUUCGAGCCAGUGCUCCGGCAACCUUGAGACUGCGAUCGCUGGAGGGCUUCAAGCCACAGUACUUUGGUCUGCCGCCUUUGUAGAAAAAUAAAUGUGAUUUGUCAAUUAGUUUAGAAUUACUAUUAAAUUUACAAUAAAUAAAAACCACUAAAAGUUAGCUGCAUUGCGAUGCAAUUAA